AUGUCGAAACUACGACUCUCAUCCUUGUAUUGUCUCUCCUUCUCAACCAGCCUUCAGCACAACUGCCAAUUCGUAUGGGCAGGCGAAGCACCAAGAAACAAGAGGGAGGGCGAGGCAUGGGAGGAGUGGCAGAAGCCACUACCGGAGAAGACGGAUGUGAGGAAUUUCGACAACGCAAAAGUCGAGCGCGCCAAAGCUGCAGCUCGAGACAUACAUCAAGAGAGAGCACAACACAGUGGCGACUCCGAUCAAUAA